AUGGCACCGAAUGAGAAUAUGAUAAUAACAUACAAAGUAUGUCUUAUAGGAGAUGGAGGAGUUGGCAAGACAACUUAUAUAAACAGAGUGAUCGAUGGAAGGUUUGAAAAGAGAUACAAUGCCACCGUGGGAGCAACGAACAAUCCGGUGAGCUUCCAAGACAACUUCAACCAUACGAUAUUGUUUGAUGUGUGGGAUACGGCAGGGCAAGAAAAGCAUGCGCUGUUGAAGGAUGUUUAUUAUAUUGGUGCGCAUGCCGCGAUAUUCUUUUUUGAUGUGACGUCAAGGGUGACAUGCCAGAAUCUCGGCAGAUGGGUUAGGGAGUUCCAAGCAGUUGCGGGGGAGAAUGUGCCGAUAAUAGUAUGUGCCAACAAGAUGGAUUCGAUGAUUAGCCAGCGAAAGGCAGGGAAGAAGCAGGUGGACGAGUUCCUGAAGGGAAAGACGUAUCGUUAUUACGAGAUCAGUGCAAAGAGCAUGCAGAACAUUAUAAUGCCAUUUAUGGACCUGGCAAGGCAGCUUACGGGGAUUAAGGAUCUUAUAUUUGCAUCAAAAAUUGUUGUGGAGCCAAGUGAUAUCAAUAGAUCAGAUGUUGAUUUUGAUCAGAGGGCGGUUGAAGAUGCGAUGAAUAUGCUUCCUGAUGAAUACAGUCAUUAG